CGUCAGGCCGGCGGCCCGGCGGUCUGCGCGGUGGCCGGUUAGCAGCUCGGUUAGCUGAGAGCGGCCUCCCCGAGGCCCGCGCGCGCUGCACUCUUCGCCCCUCGGUCCAGCCAGCCGGCCGCGUUGCGUCAUGCCAGGCGUUGCUCCGCGCUAGUGCCGGGUCCGCUGCCCGCCUGCCCGAAGCCGCGCCCACUGCCCAGAGCCAAAGGGAUGGUGGUAGUCACGGGGCGCGAGCCAGACAGCCGUCGCCCGGACGGUGCCAUGUCCAGCUCCGACGCCGAAGACGACUUUCUGGAGCCGGCCACCCCGACGGCCUCACAGGCGGGGCAUGCGCUGCCCCUGCUGCCCCAGGAGUUUCCUGAGGUUGUCCCCCUUAACAUUGGAGGGGCUUACUUCACCACACGAUUGUCUACCUUGAGGCGCUACGAAGACACCAUGCUGGCUGCCAUGUUCAGCGGGCGCCAUUACAUCCCCACCGAUGCUGAGGGCCGGUACUUCAUUGAUCGGGAUGGCACGCACUUUGGAGAUGUGCUGAAUUUCCUGCGCUCAGGGGACCUGCCGCCCAGGGAACGUGUGCGGGCUGUGUACCGAGAGGCCCAAUACUAUGCCAUUGGGCCCCUGCUGGAGCGGCUGGAGGACAUGCAGCCGCUGAAGGGGGAGAGAGUGCGCCAGGCGUUCCUGGGACUCAUGCCCUAUUACAGAGACCAUUUGGAGCGGAUUGUGGAGAUUGCCCGGCUCCGCGCAGUGCAGCGGAAGGCACGCUUUGCCAAGCUCAAGGUCUGUGUCUUCAAGGAGGAGAUGCCCAUCACCCCCUACGAGUGUCCACUCCUCAACUCCCUGCGCUUCGAGCGGAGCGACAGUGAUGGGCAGCUUUUUGAGCACCACUGUGAAGUGGACGUGUCCUUUGGGCCCUGGGAGGCUGUGGCUGACGUGUACGACCUGCUGCACUGCCUGGUCACGGACCUCUCAGCCCAGGGCCUCGUCGUGGACCACCAGUGCAUUGGGGUGUGUGACAAGCACCUCGUCAACCACUACUACUGCAAGCGCCCCAUCUAUGAGUUCAAGAUCACAUGGUGGUGAGUAGUCCUGGUAGGAACAGAGUCCCUUUAGGGAGGGUGUCCAUUCUCCUAGUGGCUCUGGGAGUGAGAUCCCUGGAAGGGGGAUCUGACUGCCCCAGAACCUGCUGAGGUGAGGACCGAGUGCAGAGGCACAGUGCCAAGUGGACGGAGCUGCAGCUCUAGUCUCCCAGGCUGCACAUUGGGGUCAGGCAUGGGCUUUGGCCCACGGGGACUUGGUGUCUGCACUCAACCUGGCCUUUCUUCCAGGCACCCUAGUCUUUGCCUGAGGCUGACGGGGUCUGGCUAGCUAGGGCUUGACCAGGAAGUCCAGAAAGGUUUUGUCACUUCUUGACCUUGUAAGAGGGUUUCUGCCCUUUUUAGAGCCACAUCACCAACGAAUAUAGACAUAAUCAUUUCCUCAUACCUGUUCAGGUAUUGCUUUCUUGUGCUCAGUGUAUAGGUACAAACACAGAACACCAUGCGGGAUUUACCCAAGUAACCACCCCACAGCGCUUGGCUGAAGAAAGAGCAAUUUUCCUUUUCCCCCAAGAAUAGCCCCAUGCUUUGUUUCAGGAUGUAGAAAGACUUCCUCCCAGAACAUACUCUACAUCACCUUUUGGCAAUAUAACUAUAGUUGCCAAAACCAUGCACCAGGUUGGCCUUAGAAAAGCACAGUGUUUACAGCCCUGCAUGGGCCUUGGCUUCUAUCUCUACCAACCUUCCUUGCGUGAAGGGUUACCUGCUCACAGGGCUGGAGGGCUAAUUUCAGAGGUGCCUUUUGAAGUGUCCCUAAGUCCAGCAGGCACAAUGCCUAGAUCUGUUAUCUUCGAGAUGUAAUACCCUUUCUAAAGACUCAGAAUACCUCCUUGGCUGCCAUUUUGUGUGUCAGGAUCCAGUGUGUGGUGAACCUCCUUGGAUGGGACCCCCUACUUUUUAAAAGCUUUUUGCUUUAUCCCACUAACAUUCUCCUUCUAGGAGAGUGUUUAUUCUGGGGAAGUAAAGACAGGGCUGGGUGAGAGGCAUGGCUACCCCAGGAGCUGCAGGAAGACAGCAACAAACCUCUCCACAGUUCAGAGAGAAAACCAUCUGCACAGUUCUGCCCCCCUUGCAUUUCCUUCUUGCUCUGUCUGCAGCCAGGGGCGGCUAGUCAGGGUAUAGACGUGCCUCUCCUAAAGGAAGCACCACUAAUUGGAGCGUAACAUUUCUGAGCUGCAGUAAUCCUGAUUAUACUUCACUGUUCCUGGGUGUUCUUGUAGGGAGAUGUUUCAUAUGUGAAAACCUGGUGAGGACAGCCUCACUGGUCUCAGUCUUCCAAGAGCAGGUUGGUAAGAUAGAGCAAGGGGGGUGCUGAAAAUGUCUGCCUCCUUCUGAGGACGAGAAGGCCCAACCCUGAGACCUCGGCUGAAUUCUUUGAUGGGGCAGUAACCUCCUGGCCCUUGUGUGAAAACAGAUUGCAGGGAACAGUUCUGCACUCUUAGCAUGUGGAGCAGAGAUACAGACUGAGAUAUAAGAGGAAAGUGUAGUCAGUCGUCCUGGUUCCCAGAAACAUGUUCUCUCUGUUGUCCUCGCCCACAAAUGGAUGUCACUUUUCUGGAGCUGAGAUCUCUGCUUAGAGCUUAGCCCAGCAGCAUGGCUCUCGUCUUGUUCUGACAGUAAAGUCUUUUGUUUAGUUGCUCUGAUUGGUGUUACUGCCUCAUACAAAUUCAUGUUUUUGACAAGCCGUUCAGGAGGAAGUCAGUGUGAGUAGAGAGCUGAGAAUUAAGCCCCGUGCUCAGUGGUCCGGCCUUGGCCCCUCGUCCUUCCCACGCUGGUGUAGAGCAUCAUAGUGCUUACUAUUUAGAGGCCUACAUGUCAGACAGGAGUGGCUGGUUUGCUAAAAAACCGGCCCUGGGGACUUGCUUGGGGCUACAGAGACGCUGUUCCUAUGCCUCUUGUUAGGGACACCUGCUUUCUCUGUCCCUCUGUGAUGUCCUCAAGGUGGUAUGCUCUGUGCCAUUGUGAGCCAGUAGACCAGGAAGAGCAGCGGGGACACUGGCGCCCAACUUAGAGCUCUUUCUAAAUGGAGUGAAAGAAUCCAUGGCCUAUUUUGGCCAUUCUCUGAUGAGAAGCCAAGGCCAGUCUGAAAAGUGCUUUUAGAUGUGGCGGUUUGUGAUAAUGGCCUCCAAAUAAAGAUCAUCUCUGAGGAAGUGACUUCUCCUAGUUGGAUCCCUUUUUAACUCUUAAAGGGCCAGGCUCAGAGCAUAAGAAAGGUUGGGUCAGGAAGGAAGGUUCCAAAGGAUGACUUUCUCCCCAAUAGAAAGGUAGUAUAUUUUCACAGAAUUCUUGUGCAUAAUGCCAGUGAAUGCCUCUCCUCCUGACAAGGGACUAGCUUCAUCCUGCCGUGCGACAGGCCAGUGGUUAUCGAUGGAUCAGAGUGCCUGCCUUUGGAGCUUCCCUCCUAACUUUGGGCACCUUUUCUCCCAGGUGCCAUGCUCACUGGUUGGGAAGGUGAAAGUUUUAGGAGAUAGGACUGUAUGGUGCAAUGCUAGCCCCAACAAAAUUCAAGGAAAAUAAAAACUUAAUGGCAACAAAAAAAGGCUAAAACAAAACCACAGUGAAACACAUCACACCAUCCCAGGUGGAGGAAGAAAAUCACCACCAUCCUUAUUCUACCUCGGGCUAUCCAGUGCUUAUCAUUUGGAAGGCAGUUAGUUGUGCCCCAAAGCUUCUAUCCUUUCUUCCUGGAGCUUAGGAUAUUCUGGGAGCUGUGUGAGCCUGUGCCUCAGGUUUAUCAGCUGUAAAAGUCUUUCUGGUCUGGGUUGCUCAUUGGAGGACUAGGAAAUUGACAUUUGCAAACCACAAAGUGGGGUGAACCUCAGUGUGUGAUCUUGGCCUAAGCCAGACCCUGAAGAGGUUAGGAUCUACAAUAACAACAGAGCAAAAACUAUGCACACUGAGCAUUUUGAUCCCAGGUAGAAUUUCAGACAUCAUCCUUCUGCAUACCUUCUGUCUAUAUUUAAUUGUGAUAUAAGUGAUUAAGCUUUCUUGGGUACCAUUUUGUUGGAACUCUUUCAUAAAUGUGGUGCCUGCCUCAUGAUCCUUAAAAGAGGGGGCUUUAUUCAUCAGAAGCCUGAGUAUUGGGAGCUGGGGUGGGGGAGGCACUUUUUGGAGUUCUGGAAGAAACAUGUAUGUAUACAUAUGUUAAUUGGGGGAGGGUGGGUUGGUGAGGGGCUGGAGGAGGUGGGAACAAAGGCUGGUUAUAGGAGUAGGCAGUUGCCUCUGGAGUGUGGGAGGGAGCUCAGCGUCUGUGUGGCUGUGGCUUAUGUACACAGAAUGACACUCCGUGCUCGCUCCUUACCUGUCUGUGUGCGCUUUGGUGCGUGGAGCCUCAGCUCCCUCACGUGGCAUUAAAGUGAACACCGAGAACCUGGGUGCUGUGCCUUUCUUUUGGAGAAGUACUCAUCCCUCCUCGGCCCACCACUUGGCCAGCAAAUAUGUCUUGAUUUUUCCUUAAAAUGUGGUAUGUUGGGGGAUGCCACACUAUUAUAAAUGCCAUGCUCUUCCCUGAGAUUAGCAGCUGAACGUCUGGCCUGACUUGAAGUAAAGGCGGACAGGCCCCACGAAGAUCCUUCUGUACUUACCUAGCCUCGUCUCUGCCCCGUCAGGUAGGAGUGUGCCCGCCUCACCCAGGCAGACCACUCUGCUCUCAUGUUGAGAGGUCUCUGGGGGCAGAAGAUGGCACAGGUGUACUCACUUGUGUGGCCCACACCCAUGGCAGUAGUUCCAACAGAAAUCCCUCCUGUUAGAUACCCACUUCUAUCCAGGGGAGAUAGUGGCUCUAAGCUUAUGUAAGCCUCAGUGGUUAGACUCUUCCUUGGGGGUAUAAAAUGCCCUUCCUCUGAAAGUGGAGUUUGACACCUUCCUGGUUAAUGAAUGUUGUCAUCAAGAUGCCCUAGGAGUCACAUCAUGGAUUAACCCAGAAAGGUGAGUUCUGAAGUGCUGGGCAGCUAUGCCACUCUCCACUGCUCUCCUUCAAUCUCUGAUUAUUCUCACUUUUAAACACAAACACUGCAUCAUCUGUGCCAGUGUAUUCUGUGACCUAAUCAGGGCUCACACAUCCCAUAGCAAUAACACCUUACAAGUCAGAAACCAAAGCUCCAGGAUGUCUAAUUUCCCCGAAGGCCCAUAGCUGCUGAGCCAGGAUGCAAAUCCAGAGCCCUUUUCUGAGAUCCUCAUGGAUGUUCAGUUAGUAGAGCCCCCCACUGGACAUCCCACCUCAGAGGCUCAGGGCUUCACCUGCCUUGCCUAUAAGAUUUGAAAAGCAAAUACUCUAGAAGGAGUACUAAAACAACUUCCUUAGACGUAUAGGUCUUCAGUAGCCCUGAGAAUCAAGGAGAUAGGUGGGUCCUCAGUGCCUACCCGGGAGAGAAGGGCCCUCUACUCGUGGAACAGUGACUGGAGGGUAACAUAGUAGGUGAGAGAGGACCCCCUGGCUGACACUGGUGGGAUGACCUGGGACUCGUGCAGUCCUGGGUCUAACCAUACAGAUGUGCUGUCAGCAUAAUCACGUGGGAAAGGAGGCUUCCUUCAGAGACCCCUGGCAUCAAGAGCAAAAUGAACGGGACACUCUGGUUUAGCUCAGGGGACACUAUGUGCCUGGCAUGGAGCUCUUGGCCCUUGGAUUCCGGGUCUCUACCCUGCUUGUGUGUCUUUUGUCAUCAUUUUGCAGCUGACCUUUUAGCUGGUUUUACUUACUUUUCAUUUUGAUUUGUUUAACUAAUAGCCUGUUCCUUUAGCUUUUAUUUAACUUUCUGUCUUUUGAUUCCUUACCAUUAUGUUUCUCCUAUCAUGUACGUUAGUUUUCUCUAUUUUUUAAACAUGAUUUUAAACUUAUUUUAAGUCAGAGCUUAUGCUUCUGCUUUAUUGUUUUUAUUAAAUUUUUUUUUUAAUUUUUCAAUUACAGUUGACACACAAUAUUAUACAGGUAACCCUGGUAUAACACAGCACCUCUAUAACACGGUUUCGCUCUAACAAGGUUCCAGAAUUGGGGGAAACUCUGGUAAAACACGGCAUCCUAGAACACGGUUUCAUUCUAACAUGGUUUGAGAAUUAGAGGAACCCGUGAACAACGAGGAGCAUAAUAAGAGCUUUU